CCGGACGCCAGGGGCGUGGCGUCUUCAUCGCGUACUCCUUUCUCGUGUUCUACGUGAGGCCGAUUUGGAGGGAAGUGAAAGUUGCUUGGAGAAGAAAGCAGAAACAGAAACUAUCUUCCAACACGCUGCCUCAGGAGCAGUGAAGUGUCUUCAUGGCAGUUCGUCGAGGACACAUUAAGUACUUGAAAAGGGAACACGGACACACACCCAAACCCCCAGCUGUCCCCAUCCCCUGCUCGAGGGACCUUGCCACCAGACUGACCUACAGGAGGUGUAUGACAUGUCAAACGGUUAUGAAGACCACAUGGGAGGCGAUGAGGGGAAGGACGCCAAGACCAACCUGAUAGUGAACUACCUUCCUCAAAACAUGACGCAGGAGGAGCUGCGGAGCCUCUUCAGCAGCAUCGGAGAGGUGGAGUCUGCCAAGCUGAUCCGAGACAAAGUCGCAGGCCACAGUUUAGGGUACGGAUUUGUUAACUAUCUUAACCCUAGUGAUGCAGAAAGAGCUAUCAGUACACUGAAUGGACUAAGGCUACAGUCCAAAACUAUCAAGGUUUCAUAUGCACGGCCCAGCUCUGAUACAAUAAAGGAUGCCAACCUUUAUAUCAGCGGCCUGCCCAGGUCCAUGACCCAGAAGGAUGUGGAGGAUAUGUUUUCACAUUAUGGGCACAUCAUUAACUCCCGUGUACUUGUUGAUCAGGGUACAGGUAAGACAGGUGUGUCCCGCGGGGUGGCUUUCAUCCGGUUUGACAAACGGGCAGAGGCAGAGGAGGCUGUCAAAAACCUGAAUGGCCAAAAACCACCGGGCGCCUCUGAACCAAUCACAGUGAAAUUUGCUGCCAACCCAAACCAGGUGAAGAACUCACAAAUCCUCUCUCAGCUCUACCACAACCAAUCCCGACGCUUCGGAGGGCCCUUACACCACCAGGCACAGCGGUUUAGGUUCUCCCCAAUGGGGGUUGAUCACAUGGGUGGCAUGGGAGGCGUGAGCGUUCCCGGGAACUCCACGUCCGGCUGGUGCAUCUUCAUCUACAACCUGGGCCAGGAUGCCGAUGAGAGCAUCCUGUGGCAGAUGUUCGGCCCCUUCGGUGCUGUCACUAACGUCAAGGUGAUCCGAGAUUUCAACACCAACAAGUGCAAGGGCUUCGGCUUCGUUACCAUGACGAACUACGAGGAGGCGGCCAUGGCCAUCGCCAGCCUGAACGGCUACCGGCUUGGAGACAAGAUACUCCAAGUGUCCUUUAAGACCAGCAAGGGCCACAAGUAGAGAGAGCUGGACAAUCAUGUGUAGGGGAGAGAGGGGGAGGUGAGCACAGCCAGGUUUUCUUUCAGAGCAGAAGCACGAGUUUUGCAAAGUCUGGAACAUCAUUUUGGGUUUUAAUGUGUUCAGAGUUAAGACACAAUCACUCUUGUGCACCUUUUUACUUGUCAAAAGAGGUUCUAGGCUGACUUUUUUUUUUUUUUGUUUUCCUUUUUGUUUUGUCGUUAUACUCAUGCUUGGGGAUGGAUGACACUUGGUUUUCAUUUUUAGUGAGGACAGAAACUCUUAAGAUCACUGACAAUGAUCUAAAACGCUAAAAUACUGUGUUUUAUAUAAAUACACACAUAUAAAACUGGGGGACUAGAUAAAGGAUGUAGACAGGGUAUAAGGAAAGUCCUGCAAAUUGUUCUCAGUGUCAACAUUGUACUUGAUAAUUUAUAGUCAAAAGAAAGAUAACAGGUUGCCAGUGGUAGUUUCAUUUUGGAAAAGAUGUGAUGACUAGAAAUAGAUGACUUAAAUUAUCAUCCAGUGGGCACACAAACCUACAGUACCACUGUGUUUCUAUUCUUCAAUCAGGAGCAAAGCACUUUUUACCAAUCUGUUUUAGGUUACUCUAAAUAUCAGUCUUUUGAUGUUAUUCUAUGACUUUCGCUCACCCUCUGACCAGGCUAACAGUUUUAAACAUGAUGAGCUCCGGAGAGAAUAUUCCUGUGUAAAGAGUCACUUUUUAAGUUGUAUUUCAGGAGACUCUGAGAAUGAACCCCCUUCAGUGAGGAGAGAAAUAAGAUGGACCAAAAGCAGGGAGCGAUUUGAUUCUAUAACCCCAGAAGAGAUUUUCUGAGCAGUUUGUGGAUAUGUUUUGACGAGGUACUGAAGUUAUAUCUGAUGCUUACUAAGAGCAAUAUCAUUCAGGCUCAGUUUGCAGUUCUGUUAUUUUUUUCAUUUUGAGUUAAUUUGUUGUUUUGUUCUGUUUGGAGCAUUUUUUUUUCUUUCUACAGGCAUAGAUGCUUAUCUGUUAUGUAAGUUGCAAACUUGUUUUAACAAGUCCUAAGUUUGUAGGAAACCAAUUGCCUUUCAGUGUAGAUUUGUUUUUUUUCUUCCUUUUGUUUUGGUUGUUUCACUUUGAACUUAAACCAUUAAAUUUUUGUUUGUUUUGCUGAAAUUUUGUUUGGUUUCUUUUUUUUAAUUUCCCUUUCUUGGGUUUGAUUUGAAGUUUUGGUCUUUUUUUAGUAGCAAAUUUGCAGCGCAGUUACGAAAUCCCUGGUCACGCAACCAGCGAUUCCGAUGGACUAUGAGACAGGCUUAUAUUUUUGGAAGAUUAGCAGCAUAUGGACCAACAUUAGUUGAGAUCAGAUUAUAUGAACUUUACACGGACGCCAGAAGGAAAGUGUUUGUCCAGAUGUUUCAUGAAGCAUUUCUGAGAUGGCUCGAUAAGCUGAAACUCUGAAGCCACUUGUGUUUUCAGCAGUGGUGAGUUGAAUGUCAGGAUUAUGUAUUUACAUCUGGCUUAGUAAACUUGGUAUUUCAAACCCUGCUAUUUAGGGAUCAUGAUUGAUAGCUGGGUUAGUUUUUACUUGCUGGCUUUUGUGCAGUUAACUAAAAGGAAGCAAGGUUUAUUGUGCAACAGCUGUGUUUGAUAUUUCAACACAUGGUUUACUAGAAGAUUUUAGGCUUUUAGCCCCAAACUCAUCGCUCUGACCUUUGUCUAAUAGGGGGUUAUUUUAACUAGUGUGGGCAUAGCUUUGUGUUAUUUGCUCAGUGAAACAUGUCUCCUUUAGAAAAGAUCACUGGCAUGUCACAGGUGACACUUGGUAUUGGAGCUACCACCGAUUCUGGGGAGCAUUACCUGGUCACACUUUAAGAUUCACUUUUAAAAAACACGUUUUUUCAGCAGUAAUUUACCUUGCUUCAUUAAAUGUCCAUUUCAUCUGCAUGGCCCCCCAUUUAAAUUCCCACAGGUUUCACAUUUCAAAAGUGCUUUUUGAUUUAGCAUUUCCAUGGUAUUUUUGUGUCACAAUCCUUUGUGCAAUAUUUCAUGACUUGCUCAGUGCAGGUGAUAGAAAUUGGUAGUAGUCUUGGACUCUUUGAUUUGUUUUUUACUAGUGUUAUGUUACUGCUGAGAAAACUCAGCAGUCUAGUUGGAUUUUCAUGAACGAUGCAAGUGGAUUUGGUUUACUUGCAGUCAGAAUUAACUGCAUUCCGCCUUAAUUUAUAAGUGGAAAUGGUGUAUUUUACAUCACAGAAGGUGAGGUGCAGAUAUUUAUUUGACACUGUAUGUGGUCAUACCUGUUUACUUAUUGGAGUGUUUUAAUGGAUUGUUGUUUUUUUGUAUUGGCUUUGAAUUAAGUUGUAGUCCAUUAAAUGUCUUCUAACACUGGAGCAUUUCAAUUAAAACAUGGUGGGUUUUUGAAUUUAUAAUAAUGUAUUUUCAGAAGCUUGUUGAUUUGCUACAAGUACUUUUUGCUUUUGUUAAAAAAAAAUGGAUGGACACGUGCAUACACAGUGCCCAUUCAUUCAUGUGACUGGUUUGUGAGCACUGUUGUGGGAUGACUGGUGGUGCAGCCCAGCUUCUUAAUUUCAUCCAUGUUUCCUUCACUUGCGUCUUUUCCUUGCCUCUUAGAAAAGAGGCAAGGAAAAAAUGAAGAUGAUUGAACGCAUAUGUAUACAAAUGAUUUAAUGUAACUUCUUUGUAGUAGGUCGACAUAACCUUUUAUAAAUAUCUAUCCAUGUCUAACAUGGAUCAAGGUUCAUGUCAAAAUUAAUUUGCGGCUAUCACUUCCUGUUUAUUGUCAACUCUUUCAGGUCCUCGGCAUUAGUGUCAGAACUGAGAUCAUGCAUUCCAUAGUCCUGGAUGAGAUACAGUAGAAGACAACGGGUUUAAUAUAACAGUUUCAAAACAAUACUGUUUUUCACCUGAUUAUGGAUCAGUGAGGACUUUUUUCUAGGUGCACAAGGUUAUAGCAACACCAGCUUUUUUUGACAUUACCUAAUCAAAUAACACUUAAAAGACAAGUUAUUGAAAGUAAAUCAGAAAACCAAAUGCGUACUUAUGGAGACAUUCAACUACCAAUCACAAAUGCUAAUCUGCUUUUCUGGUAGAGGGAAAGUCAGGAGAAGUCAGUAGGAUUAAUACGCCGGGGAUCAUGAAUGUCUGUUGUCCAAAGUGCAUAAAAUAGGUCUAACAGGCACAGUAUAAUGUGAAUGUGUCUUUAGUGCUUGGUGACUGUCAGCUCUGUGUUCAGUGGUCUGUGUCAGUCUCUUCCUCUUCAGCAGCUGCAGUUGGUUCCUGCUGUAACAGCUCAGUGUCUCUGCAGUCUGACUGAGGGAGGUUUUUGUACGACUGAAAAU